AUGAGCGAAACCGUGCACGUCGACGACAUCAUUCGGCAGCUGGUCUCCCUCCGCAAGCGUUCUCCUUCCUCGGCGCAAAAAACGGUUAUAAGUAGGUCACGUGACGAGCCGAGUUACUCCUUACCGCAACAGCAAGCGACACCAGAAGCGACACUGCUCGCCCUGAACCAGGCAGCGCGGGAACUGCUGCUGGGCCAGCCCAUGCUCCUGGAGCUGGCCGCUCCCGUCAACGUGGUCGGGGAUGUCCACGGGCAGUUUCACGACCUCCUAAGGCAUUUCGACUAUCUGGGGUAUCCGCCGGCUGCGAAUUAUCUCUUCUUGGGGGACUACGUGGAUAGGGGAAUGAUGUCCGUGGAGACCAUCAGCCUGGUCCUUGCCUACAAAGUGAAAUACCCCCGGAACUUCUUCCUCCUCCGGGGGAACCACGAAUGCGCCGCGAUUAACAGGAUUUACGGGUUUUACGACGAGUGCAAGAGGAAAUACUCGGUGAAGCUGUGGAAAUCCUUCACGGAUACGUUCAACUGUUUACCGAUCGCGGCCAUCGUCGAGGGUUCUAUCUUCUGCACGCACGGCGGUCUGUCUCCUGAGCUCAAGAAAAUGGAGCAGGUCCGGCGGACGAGUCGGCCGACCGACAUCCCAGACAGGGGACUGGUGUGCGACCUUGUUUGGUCGGACCCGGGUCAGGGGGUGGACGGAUGGAUUCCUAACGACAGAGGCGUGAGCUGGAUAUUCGGACGAGACAUCGUCAAGAAAUUCCUGGACGAACAGGGGCUGAGCUUGAUCGUCAGAGGACACCAAGUGGUCGAGGACGGCUACGAGUUCUUCGCCAAUCGGGCCUUGGUCACCGUCUUCUCCGCUCCGAACUACUGCGGGGAAUUCGACAACGCCGGAGCCACCAUGAGCAUAUCGGAAAACCUCAUUUGCUCCUUCAGCAUACUCAAGGUGAGUGUCCUUCGCACUCGAUGCGUGCAUCAAAUGAGACGAGCUUGUCGGGGCUCAAUGGAGCUCUUAACGAGCCAGCCAAUGCUCCUAGAACUGAAUUCCUCAUUGAACGUGCUUGGGGAUUUUCACAACCAGUUCCAUGACCUCCUGUCACUUAGAUUACCUUGGCUAUUUUCCAUCCGUCAAUAA